AUGGAUGUGAAGCGAGACCGCUUACUGCCGGCUGCGAUGUCUGACAGUCUUCUGGCAAUUCUUGCCGCAGGAGUAGUGGCACUACUAGUGGCACUUCACUCACGCUCAUUCGCCUACGCCAUAGCUGUCUUUUUCGUUCUAGGACUGAGUGUUGUUGGUUCGCUCGCCUUUUACUCGCUGUUUACCUCCGAUUUCCCUCUACUGAACCUUGUCAUUUUUGUUCUUCUGAUUGCUGUCGGUACAGACGACGCUUUCCUGCUUUUCAGUCAUUUUCCACAGAAUCUCAAAGAAGAGUCGUUUUAUGAGUGCAUGGCUCACACAAGCUCCACAAUGUUCCUCACCUCAUUCUCCACAGCUGUUCCGUUUUUCGUGAACAUCUCCUCGAACGUGGUCGUUUUUCGAUGCUUUGGUCUCUUUGCUGGAGUGACAAUUCUCAUCAACUUUUUUCUUGUGAUCUCCUUCCUACCGGCGUUUUUAAUUUUGCAAAAAAGGUAUUUUGUUUGGAUGUUACUUGGAAGUAGUGAGCACGAUUACUUGAGGUUUUUGUCAUUGUCAUUGAUGGACGGGCUGUGGGAGGAUGUUCUGGGGGACCUGCUCAGCCCCUCUACGAAUGACGCUGGCUACAAUUGCCCCCUCGAGCGAUCGUGCCGACUGUCUUUAACUAUUACCACCCCGACGUACAGAGAAAAGAAAGAAUAUUUCAUGGAUCACAGGGAUUAUGGCUAG